AUUAAAAGUGCAUAUACGUCAAAAACAUGACAUUGAAGUGUCGCUUGAACAAAUGGAGGAAAUGCGUAAAUUUCAUGUGAUGCGUUCGAAAUUGAAUUUAGUUAAGAUUUCAAAAUAACUAUUAAUAAUAGAAAAGAAAUGAAAGUGAUGAACCCACUGUUGCUAUGCAGCCCGAAGAUGACUCCAUACCCUUUUCGACAGAUAAGUCCAUCGAUGAAUCGGAAUCGUUGAAUUAUUCAACUGCAGUAAAUAUCAGCACUCCAACCGUUCUUGUGAAGUUAGCACCUCCAUCUGAUGCCGAUGAUAUUAAUUUAGAAGAAUAUCUCUUUGAAAAUCCCGAAACAUCCGAAAGUUCGAAAAAUGAACCGAUGCGACAAGAAGUGAAGACUUCAGGAAAAUUUAGGAGUACAAGCAAGCGCGGACGCGCGCCACUCAUACCAGGUGGUCCACCAUUUCAAUGCGAAUAUUGCGAUCAUACAAGCCCGUCACGUUCACUUUUAGCCUCACAUCGACAUCGUAAACAUCGUUUUAAUAAGCCACCCAAUAAAUGUGCGGAAUGUGGCAAAGAGUUUGCAACCAAACAACAAUUGGAGCGUCAUCAACAGCGUGUUAGUUGUCAAUCUUAUCCCGUCUUCAAGUGUGAAUUUUGUGAGAAAACAUGUAUCGGUCGUGCCAACUAUCAGAUACAUUUACGUUUUCACAAAAAAGUCUAUCCAUUUGUGUGUCAUAUAUGCGCGAAACCCUUUAUGAUGGCGCAACAUCUUAAUAACCAUGUGAAAACGAAGCAUGAGGGCCAACGUUUCAUCUGUGAAGAGGAGAAUUGUGGUAAAAUGUUUCAAACGGCACAUGCACUUAAAAAUCAUGCUUACACGCACGUCGAUCAGUUGCCCUAUCGCUGUGAGUACUGUCAGCAAGAUUUUGCCACCAAGGGCAGGCUUCGUUGGCACAUAAGCAGAAUACAUGGCAUAGAGCAUACUUUGGACGAGCUGGACAGCAUGUUGGUGGCCAAAGAGAUUAAACUGAAAGCGAAAUUGCGACCAGCAUUGACACCUGAGCGCAACGAACAGGGUGAGGUGCCAGAUGAGGACGAUCUAGAAGGCUACUGAAAAGUUUAGUCUUCUACUUAUUAUUUUUUUCGUGAUAACAAUAAAAUUUUAAAUUCUAACUAAAUUUUAUUAUGUACGAUAAAUAGAUAAUGUUUAUAUUAGAACAGAAGAUGCACAUACAUGAAGAUAUAUAUUAUAUCUACAGUGAUAUAUUAAUUACUUGUAGCAAUUAAAAAGUUUAUUGCUUAUUAACAAAAAAAAAAA